AUGCGUGCAUCGAUAACCUACACGAGCCUCCUCUGGCUCAUUGCCGGCGCCACGGCCGCCAUAGUCCCGAAUUUCCUCUUACCCCCUGUCGUCAGCGACCUCAUGAACAAGGACAAGUCACAACCAGGAGCUCCGCAGACCCCGGAGCUGCUCAAAGGAUCGCCGUAUUGCGUCCAGGCGUACGAAAUCCGCGCAGGAGACACCUGCUUCAGCAUCGCCCAGCAGCACGGCCUCGCCACGGAGCAGAUCAGGUACUGGUCGCCUGUGGUGCGGGACGACGGCUGCGACUCGCUCCCCGUCGGGGGCCGCGUCUGCGUGGCCGUGGCGAACGAGCCCGAGGCGCUCAGGUGGACGCCGGAGAAGCAGGCCGUGGCGGACGAGAUGGCCCGCAAGAAGUACGAGGAGGAGGAGGCUCAGAGGAAGAAGGAAGAAGACGAGCGAAAGAAAAAGGAGGAGGAGGAACGGAAGAAAAAGGAAGAAGAGGACAGGAAGAACAGAGAAGAGGAGGAAAAGAAGAGGAAGGCUGAGGAGCUCGAGAGGAAAAAGAUCCCCAUGUGGCGAGACGGCAAGAUCAGGUGGCCCGACCCAAAGGACGGCAAGUAUCCCUACGUUUUUUAUGGCCGCGGCUCGGUUAUCUGGAGUAGCAAGUGGGGCUAUACUGAGUACUACAUGGAUCGUCCCGACCAGUAUAAGCAGCGGUAUCUUACUGAUUACUGCGACGAUCGUUGUACAUUCUGGACCUUGGAAGAGAUCAAGGAGCCGAUGGGUGAAAGGUUCGUACCUGGCCCGUGGCAUCAGAGAGCAAUGGGCGCGCCGUAG